AUGAUAGUGUCGAAGAUUAAAUUUACUGCGAAAAGAUGGGAAAUGGUGAACAAUAAUGCCGGUGGCAUUAACAAACCGAAAACCCCAUCGAAAUGGGCCCCCGUUGAAACUGGAGGACUCAGGCAACCUACAAGAGUAAUUUUCUAUGUCUACAAUUCAGUGAAUGUGCCGUUGGAUAGAAAUGAACGAGCACAUUCUGAAGUACGAAGCCGCAGUACUACAAACCUGUACGAACCGUCGAUUGAGCGUGCCAGAACUCAGAGUCCUGUACCUCGGGAACCCGUCGCCGUUCCUGAACCUCCGCCAACGACUCGAUCAACGCGUAAGUCUGUAGGCGAAGAGAUCCGAGUGAGGACCGACAACCCUCCACCGCUGCCUAAAACUCAACCUCCCUCCAUCAACGAAAUUCCCCCUUCGCCGAAAACUUCCAUUGCUGGACCCUAUACGUUUAAUAAGGUGAACAUACCUGAGACUUUCCGAAGCAAGAGUCCGACAUCUGAAAGGGCGUCGCCGACACCAUCGCAAUCCUCGGCUUCCAUUCCGUCACCGUCUUCCAUAUCUCCUGGUAGCACAUCACCAGAUAUGCCCAGGAAACGAUCUAAUCCAGCUUUCGAUAAGGCAAAAGAGAAGUUCUCUAGUUUCUGCUUGGAACCUUCGGCUUCCACUCGCCCCACCAUAACGAAAGGGCGUUCAGCAAGUCCUGUCGGCACUCCUGAGGCGUCCAAAAAGGCUUCAGACGUUAAGAAGGUAAGGCAGUCAUUGGAGAGUUCUGAUUCAAAGCCUAACGAUGUUCAUCCGGAUAAGAAUCUUGUGGACACCUUUGGAGUUGUGAUAGCUUCUGUUCCAUGCAGCUUACUUUGUGAUUUGAUCCCAAAAAAUUGA